AUGCACAACCCACAACCCACCAUCAAUCUGCAGCUCAUCCCGUCAACGACAACAACGACGCCGCCGCUCGUUUUCAUCGAUCGGGCAUCGAUCUUCGCCGGCACAAUACACGACCUCGUCUCUCUAGCCUUCUCAUUCUUUCAAUCGCCCCCCAAAGAUAAGGCUGCGCCACAAAGCAGAGCCUCACAAUCAGAGAGCAAGGAAGAUUGGUUGAUGAGCAGAGAAGAAGUGAAAUCUGUGAUGGAAAAAUUAGAGCUUUAUUGCAACGAAGAAGAGGAUGAUGAAAUUGAUGAAUGUUUUGGAAGGGAUGAAGUAAGAGGCAUGUUUGAAGAGAAUGAACCGAGCUUGGAAGAGUUGAAGCAAACGUUCAAUGUGUUUGAUAGAAACAGAGAUGGGUUCAUUGAUGCACAGGAAUUGCACACAGUUCUGGGCCUGCUUGCCUCUAAUAAUACCAUAUUCAUCCAUGACUGCAAAUCAAUGAUAGCCAGAUUUGAUCGCAACAAUGAUCAAAAAAUUGAUUUCAAUGAGUUUGUAAAGUUUAUGGAGGUUGCCUUGUCCUAA